AUGUCCCGUAAACGUCGGAACCAAGAACCCGAAAAAAUCGAGAAGAAAAAAGCGAUAGCGAUAGAGCAAGCUGAUAGAGUAGAAAGAAGAAACCUCUACUGGAGUCCACGAUUUAUUCUCUACCGAUGGAUUUUUCUCACCCUCACUUUCAUUCAGCUGGGUUUACUUAUCAAGGCUCUGAUAAGAAAAUAUAUCACCGGAGCCGGAUGA